AUGCCGCGAACAGACAUCUCCUUCAAGACCUCGGACGGGGUGACGUUGCGCGGGUGGUUCUUCACACCCUCCGAGUCGGCAAUGUCAGAGGGCGCGAAACUGCCAUGCGUGAUCCUGACUCAUGGCCUCUCGUGUAUCAAAGAGAUGGGCCUGGACGACGUGGCCUCGAAAUUCGUGACCGAGCUACCACUGACUUGUCUGGUGUACGACCAUCGAGGGUUCGGCACUUCCGACACGGCGGCCCACGCGCCCCGACAGGAGAUCAAUACCUGGUUACAGGCGAACGACAUGCGCGAUGCAAUCACAUAUGCCCAGACACGAGAGGAGGUCGACCGAUCCAAGAUCGCGCUGUGGGGAUACUCGCUGGCCGCUGCGGAGGCGGUCUAUGUCGCCGCCAUCGACAGGCGCGUCAAGGCCGUCAUUGCGCUCGGCCCGGGCAUGGACGGCGCAGAGAUAUGCAGGAGAUUGGCGCCGCCUCAUGUCCUGAAUGGGCCCAUGCAGGCCAUGUUCGAGAUGGAUCGGAUGGCCAGAGCGGCGGGGAACCCUCCUAUCACUGUUCCCGUGGUGAAUACUGAGCCCGGUGGGCAGUCGGUGCUGCCCAGUCCGGAGUCGGUCCAGUUCUUCUCACCGUGGAUGUCAAAUGCGUCGACGUGGAAAAAUGAACUUACUUUGCGAAGUCUCGACGAUAUCUCAACCUUCUCGCUGCCAAUGGGGCACCUGAAAACCCUGUGUCCAACUCCAGUUUUCUUCGGCGUCGCGACAAGAGACACCAAUAGUCCACCGGAUAUGGUGAUGGCACAGUAUCAUCAAAUAAGCGAACCGAAGGAGUUCGUCAUGGUUGAUGCAGACCAUUACCAAUUGAUGGGGUCGGCCAGGGAACUACUGCAUCUGAGAGAGACUGCGUUCUUGAAAAGCGUAUUGUGCUCUUAG